AUGAAACAGCAUCCUCGCAAAACUAAAAGUAAUCUUGGUACUUUCUUUGUUUUGGCGUCAUGUUCAGGAGUUUUUUGUUCUUCGCAGGUCGCUGGCUUGAGUAUGGCUUCCGGGUUUGUUGGCCGAGCGCCGAAGCGUGAAUCAUCUGCAGGCGUCGUGCUGACCCUUGUCGUCUUCGCUGACCCUUCUGCCUUCGUUCUGUCUGUGGGGCUGUAGCUCGCCAAACGCUUUUAGGGCGUGUGAGACGCUAAUUGUCCAAGGAUAGUGAGGAUCUGGCCAGAGUUAAAUGGCCAACUUAUUCCGUGAGAGUCGAAAGUUCGGCCAAGAUUCCCUUUUUUUAAUUAACCGGCCUUUUGUCGCGAAUUCGGGACCUAGGUGGACGAGUUUGCUAGCCAAACAAUAAAUUGAAUUAGCUAUUAGCACCUGCCCCCUCUACAGUACGGCGUGUUCUAUGUUACUUUCGUACCGUUUAUUUGUUUAUUGUGAGCAGUAGGAAAAUAAUUAGCAUAAUCAGUCCUAAUUUAAGGCUUUUAAUCUAGUUUUUGAGGAUCGGCGACGACCGUGAAGGCAGGAGAAGUCCGAUGCGGCCGUAAUGCGACGUCCCUGGUUUGGCGGUAACUCGGUGAACGGCGGACGUGACCCUCAUCGACAAUCUUUGCAUUUCCGUUAUCGAAGUGCGUUACAUCGCCACACGCGAGAGUGAUUGUAACACUAGUCUGUGGAGUUUACUGUGCGCUGAGUACGAGUGGUGUUCAUUGGAGUGCGGUGUUCUUUUUGAGGGGAUUCUAGGAGAGUUGUUGAAUGAGCUCGUUUUAUGGCACACAGAGGGAAAGAAGACCAACCCCCACGCAGAAGAACGAACCACGCUCAAAUCUUUGCUGCACAGGAAAUUAUAAUAGGAGGGGCCAAGUUGAGGCGCGCAAAGGCAACGGGCGCCAAUUACAUCAAUAUUGUACGGGUCAACAUUAUUACUUCGUAUGUUUUUCCCCGCAGGGCUACGUCGUUCUGACGAAGGACGAAAGUAAUCGGAUUGUCAUCUAUUUUCGUAUCACUAUCGUCCAAGUUACUGUAACACGGUCAUCUACCGUCUGUGUCUGCUACACGUCUCAAAACGGCGACCUCACUCUCCAAAAGGCCCGUGCAUGGUGCCGUGGUUCUGAUCCCCGAAUCCGGAUGGGCGAUCCCGAAUGAAUCAAGAGUUCGCCGACGACAACAAGGGCAUGGUAUUGGCCCCCGACAUCAGACAGUCGGAUCACGCCACUUCGUCGUCCACAAUCAGCAGCAGAUCGGGCAUCCCAGCUUUCCGAACGCCCGGAGGCAGCACAAGCCAGAAAAGAGUACAGUACCGGGCACUUAGCACGAGCCUCGGGUGGCUUUAUUAAACUUAACAGGUUAAUUAACACUCGCCAUCCGAGGUUCUGUUAAUUGUCGUGUGAUUACCUUGCUGUGAACUAUUGCAGUGUUUGUUUCUCUGCACUCUAUCACUAUCCCAUGCACUUUUCCUUAUCACUUCCGGUUGUAACUGCGACUGUUUAGGACACGGUCGGGAUUCGCAUUACCACCAAGCGGCGGUCAUCGAAGUUGGAGCCAUGGUGCUCCAGAACAUGUUCAGUGCUCUUUCGUUCCUACACUACAGAAAAGAUGACGACUUCGUAGAUCGACUGUCUUACUUUUACACUUCUUCUUUUCUCACAAUGAUGGCCGUGCUGGUUAGUUUCAAGCAGGUGAGUUGAUGUCAAUUAUGUGUCAUAUAUUGUGACAUUCUCUAUAUUACUUUAGCAUUAAGGAUGACAUUACGUCUGUCAUUUUGACGAGACAUACGAAACAUAACAAUAAUUUUGUUUUCAGUUUGGUGGUCGACCAUUGGAGUGCUGGGUAUGUCAUCUAGUUGUCACGCAACCUGUCAUCACAGUCAUGUUGUAAUAUAGCAGUAUAAUAUCUAGGUUUCUUUAAUGUUUCCAGGUCCCAGCACAAUUUACAGCGUCAUGGGAGGCAUAUACGGAAAUGUUUUGUUGGGCUAAAAAUACAUACUUCGUGCCAUUUGAUGAGGUAUGUUACUAUUGCACUUGAAGCCGUUUAUUUAUACGUACUUUAAGUACAGUUUAAAGGUGUAUAUAACGUUUGAAAGUGCUUUUAACAUAAUGAAUAUCAUUAUUAUUUAUAAUAUUGUGAUCACAACUUCAGGACAUUCCCGUAGACAUCGCUGACCGUGAGUACCGUCAGAUAUCCUACUACCAAUGGGUGCCAUUCUUUCUGCUCAUCCAGGCCUUCCUCUACUACAUUCCUUGUCUAAUGUGGAGAUUAAUGAGCGAUAAAUCGGGUAAUCGUUCAAUUUACCACAGUAAUUAGAGCAUCACAAAGUAAUCCAACAAUUACUUUACGUUUUACAAUUCUUAUUCUCCAUAGGAUGUCUAAUCUUGGCGUUAAUAAUGUAAAAAUAACUGUAAUAUAGGUAUCAGACUCAAUGACAUCGUCCAGAUGGCGACAGAGAAGGAGAACAUCGAGCCAGAGUACCGUCUCCGUACCAUCGAAUCCCUCUCCAGACAUAUCGAGUCGGCGUUGCGGUAUGUCCUUAAUCGCAGUAAAAAGAAGCGGUAAUUGGCUUUGUUAAGCGUAUUUUUCCAGAUACCAACAUACGGCGACGUCCCGGACACAGUACACGAUGCAUCGCGUGUUUAAAUGCUUCAAUUUGCGUUACUACGAAAGCUAUGUCACGGGUCUAUACUUGGUAAGUCAUUUCGUUCGUUCCUUCCAAUUUGUAGGCCACAAAGGUACUGUACGUCGGCAACAUCUUGACCAACUUGUUGUUGGUCAACAAGUUCUUGGAAACCGACGAGUACAGCGUGUACGGGCUUGGCGUGCUACGAGACCUGCUGUUUGGCCGCUCGUGGAUGGAGUCUGGAAACUUUCCCAGGGUUACUUUGGUAUGUUAUACAUCUUGCUACCUAGUAAUUUACAAAUAAAAAAUAACUGUACAACUUGGUUUAUCUAAAUUGCCCCUAUUUCAGUGUGAUUUCGAAGUACGGGUCUUAGGAAACAACCAGAGACAUUCGGUGCAAUGUGUUCUAGUCAUCAACAUAUUCAACGAAAAGAUAUUCAUCUUGUUGUGGCUCUGGUUCUCCAUCCUCUUCGUACUGGCCACAUUAGACGGCCUUUAUUGGUUCAGUAUCUCUCUCUUUCAUCGGGAUCGUUUCCGCUUCGUGCUACGCCAUCUCGAACUCACAUCAGAUCCCGAUCGUCCCGAGCUGUUUCGAAAAGAGAACCGGAAACAAGUCGAACACUUCCUCAAAACAUACCUCAAGGUUGACGGCGUUCUUAUAUUAAGGAUGAUAGCACUGCAUGCCGGCGUGAUGUACUGCACUGAGAUAACGGAUGCUCUGUGGAAAAGGUAUCUAUCACAACAUCCAGAAAACUUGAUUGAUGAAGAUUCUUCGCUGAUUCACUUUGCACGGUCAGUUUUAAUUCAGAAGAUCUAAACUUCAAAAUUAACUUUAAGGUUACUGAAACAAAAAUAGACAAAGAAAUAAGAAAAGAAAAAGUAAUCAACCUUUUACAGCACACAAUCCAUUCGUCGAACUCGUCACCUAAGCGGAGGUGAUGGAGCCGGCUCCAGUACUUCUCUCACCCCCAACCACAACGGUGGACAUCAACGUCUUUCACGAUUCCUUUCCCAACGUACCGGAGGCAGCUUCAGAUUCCACCGAGGUCAUUCCGGCUCCCGAUCACUGCCCAAGAAACAAGAUCGGACUCCAAGCCCUCAAGGUGCCACUCCAGCUACGACUGGUAGGUCAGACUGUUUUAUAUUUAGUGAUUGCAGUUAUACAGAUCACGCCGUCUAGUCGCCCCAACAGCCGGACCGGACAUCACAAAAGCGUGAUCACGUCUGCCUCCUCCGAACCGGUGGAUUCUGGAGUCUCGAGCACGAUCAAGAAUCGCUCCAAAAGCGCGCUUCGUGCUCUCCGACUGACUGGAUCAGAAGGGAGCAAGGAGAAGUUGUCCCCCCACAAACACGACGCCCCGGUGCCAUUAUAG